GGAGCCAGGCAGUGGGUGAGUGGUUUCCGAAGGGGUAGAGGUGUGAGGCAAUUGAUGACCGCGGUCGGCCUUGACCCAGCCCCGAAAGGGGUGGAAGGUUGACUUCCCUUCUGGCUCCGGCCGGACUCCGAGUGGGAACGUCAGACAUCUACAUCCUCACCCGGGUUAGAGGUGAGAGGUCAGAGGCUGCGUCCCCUCUCUGGUGUUUGGACCUCAGGUACUGUGGAAAGCAGUCAGGAUCCGAAGCCAAAGAUUCAGCUUGCGGCUACUUACAGAGUGAUGGCCCAUCUUUGGAACAAGAUCUGGGAACUACGGUCCAGCCUCAGGCUCCAGUUUAGUUGGAGCUUGAAAUCCUGAGAGUCUCCUGGACAGCAGCCUUGCUGAGAAAGUAUUCUGACCUUGGCAUCUAGACAUCUCCCACUUCCCCAUGGCCCUGACGAUGCUGAAUGAACUCCUGAUUGAGGAACCAAACCCACCUCUGCUGCUGUAUCAGGUUAGCAAGACUGCUCAGUUAGAUACCCUCAACUACCAGAGCUGCUUUAUGCAAGGUGUCUUCGCCUGUUUCCCUGAGAUCUUAUUUAUCCACCGGACCUAUAACCCAGUGGGCAAGGUGCUAUACACCUUCCUGGUAGAUGGACCCCGGGUGCAGCUGGAGGGUCAUCUUGCCCGGGCAGUCUACUUUGCCAUUCCCGCCAAGGAGGAUGCUGAAGGCCUGGCCCAGAUGUUCCAAGUGUUUAAGAAGUUUAACCCAGCAUGGGAGAGAGUGUGUACCAUCCUGGUGGAUCCCCACUUCCUCCCCCUGCCCACCCUGGCUAUGGAGUUCCCCGCAGCCGAGGUGCUGCUCUCAGCCUUCCACAUCUGUAAGUUCCUCCAGGGCAAGUUCUACCAGCUGUCCCUUGAACAGCCCAUGGAGAGGGUGCUCCUCACUUCCCUGCAGAGCACCAUGUGCUCAGCCACGGCCGGCAACCUGAGGAAGUUGUACACGCUCCUGAGCAGCUGCAUCCCUCCGGCCCAGCUGCCCGAGCUCCACUCUCACUGGCUGCUCAAUGACCGCAUCUGGCUGGCCCACCGCUGGAGAAGCCGGGCUGAGAGCAGCCGCUACUUCCAGGGCCUGGAGGUCACCACCCGCGUCCUCAGCCAGUUCUUUGGCACCACCCCGUGUGUGGAGCAAGGCAUGACCUUGCUGCUCCGGUACGUGCAGCAGAACUCUGGAGACAAGGCCAGCUUCAGCCUGGGCCCGAGUCCCCAGAACAGUCACGUCCCCUUAGACGGCAGCCCCGAAAGCCCCAGAGUGGAGCAGUUGGUAGAAGCCCGCAUCCAGCACUCCCUCAAUGCCAUCUGCACGGGGCCAGCGGCCCAGCUCUGUCUGGGUGAGCUUGCUGUGGUCCAGAAAUCCGUGCACCUCAUUGGCUCCGGCUCAGAAAAGGUGAACAUUCAGAUCCUGGAGGACACCCAUAGGGUGCAGCCCCAGCCCCCUGCCAGCUGCAGCUGCUACUUUAACCAGGCCUUCAACCUGCCCUGCCGCCACAUCCUGGCCCUGCUCAGCGCCCGCCAUCAGGUGCUCCAGCCCGACAUGCUGCCGGCUCAGUGGACAGCGGGCUGUGCCGCCAGUCUAGACAACAUCCUGGGCAGCAAGUGGAGUGAGACGCUGGACAAGCACUUGGCCGUGGCGCUCCUCACUGAGGAGGUGAGUCAGCUCUUGCAGCACUGCAGCCAGGAGGAGUUCGAGCGGAGGUACAGCACCCUGCGGGAACUGGCCGACAACUGGAUCGGCCCUUAUGAGCAGGUCCAACUCUGAUUACCCCCGGUGCCCAGGGAUGCUCGCACACACGUACACACUCACGCCCAGCCCUACACACACACAACCCACCUGCACUCACACUGUUGUACUUCGGUGGGCCCUCCCUCCAGGAAAGGACAAGACCCUUCUAGCCUACUGCAGGCUGCUACCGAAAAUGUGUCUAGUUCCCUCAGACAGCAGUCAGCAAACCUUUUCUGUAAAGGGCCUAGCAGUAAAUAUUUUAGACUUUGCUGGCCACAGUCUCUGUUGUAUAUUCUUGGUUUGGUUUUGUGUUGACAGCCUUUUCCAAAGGUUAAAAACCAUUCUUCACUCCAGGGCCUUACAAAAACAGGUGACCCCCUGCUCUAGAAUGAGACACUGAGUGGAGAUCAAGGGCAGGGGCUUGGUAACAGCUUCCCCAGUCAUUAGAUGACACGCCUGACCCACACAGAAGGUGGAUCCAGCCUUUGUCCCCCUCCCCCCACCCAGAAGUCAUUAAAGUCAGAUGUUGCCUAUUCCA